GAGCCCAGAGGUAUUGGAAAUCAAGGACUACACAUCACCAAUCACAUCAAGUGGAAUAGCAUCUCCAACACUUUUUCCUGCGAGUUUGGCAACACCCCCACUCCCUCCUGACUCACCAGAAUAUAUUCCACCUCCUCCUUGUGAUGACAUCUCCAUGUGUUCUCCCUGUGACGACGUCUCCGUGUGUUCUCCCUGCGACGACAUUUCUGCAUGUUUACCCUUGACUGACAGACCCAUGACCAGUAUACUGCCCAGUGAAAGUGACGUCCCAACCACUCCUCCUCUUCCUGAAGAGAUUCCCACUCUGCCACCACUCCCAAGUGAAGAUAUACCUAGUGCUCCUCCUCUUCCCGAUGGUGAAAUUCCACCCACUCCCCCACUCCCUGAUGAUGACAUUCCUCGUACCCCUCCACUUCCAUAUGAAGAUUUUCCAGUCACUCCUCCUCUGCCAAGUGAAGAUGUACCAUCAACUCCUCCAUUGCCAAUGUCAAGAAGUUCAACCACACCACCCCUACCAAAUGAAGAUGUAUCUCUAACUCUUCCAUAUUCUGGUUCUUUGUUACCACCACCUCCACCACCACCACAACUAUUGUUUUCAUCUGAAUUUAAUAAUGACUCGGACAGAUUAACUCCGCCUCCACUCGGCGUCCAAAAACCAGUUGUCUCGUCAGCAUCUUUACCUACUGUCAUAUCUUCUGAAUCUCUAAAUGUGUGGAAAGGCAUCAUUCACAUGCCAGAUGUUGCCAAGUUCCAUGCAUCUGCAUUUGAGGUGUCUGGAAAAGCUAAGUUUCUCCCUGACGAUGUUCCAAAUUCAAUUGAAGUUGUUGGCCGCAUUGCUCCUGAGACAGUAUGGGGUUACAUUGCACAAAUGAAGAAAAGUGGUUCCAAAGAAAUCCUUGUGGUUCGUUUCCAACCAGCAAAUGAAGAAGAAAAAGUUUCAUACAUAGCAUUGUACUCAUACUUGUCCUCCAAGAAAAGGUAUGCAGUUAUUGGAAACUGUGAGAAAUCAGUAAAAGACUUCUAUGUUGUUCCUCUUGCAUCUCAUCAACCCAUUCCACAA